AGUUACAAAAGGCCUUGUAAUAAAACCAGCUGGGUCUGCUACGUUCCAGGUGUCCCAGAGCCCAGGUGUGGGAACACACAUGAAAUGUGAAAACUGACAGGCUAAAAAUAAUCACAAGCAUGUAGGGUUUGUCAUCUCAAAUGGCUGGAAAUAAUGUAAAGCAAGAGCAGUAGCUCGGCCAGUGGAGCUGAAAAGUGUGAUCAAAUGGCUUUUGCUGUUUCCACGUACUUGAGUUGGCAGAUUUGAAGAGAAGUUUCACCUAGUUUUAUACAGGAAGUUUUACAAAGCCCUGUCAGUAAACCUUUGGCACAAGCGGUGCAAAGGACCUUCAGAACGUGUUUGUACUGACUUACCUGGCUAAAGGGAAAGCUGUUCCUUUAAAUUGUUUGCUGUGGCUCUGGAAACUGAGCAAACAAAGUCAGAGGGAAACUUCCCUUUCAAGUGGAACUGUCAGAAGGUACAAGGACUGAAGGACAGAGAUCUUCAAUAGGACACACCUGCAUCGGGAUUCAGAGCUGAACUGCAAAUUUCUAACAACCUGGGGGAGUUUAGACCUGAUUUGUUGGACACACCUAAUCCUAAUGGCAAAUGAGAGCCUGGUUCAGCCCCAGACUGUCAGGUCUCCAGCUCUCAUUCAGAUAAAGCUGAUGGCAUUGUGGACACUACCUGCCUGCUGCUGUUCUGCUGCUGGUCCACCCUCUCAGGUGCUCUAGACGAGAUCUGAAAGCCAUGGAUGGGCAUAGAGGAGAAGCUGCUGGUGGGUUCCAGCAGGGUAUUUCUCAGACAUUUUCAGUCUCUGAAGGUGAGGAAGAGUCACAAGGUGCUGACUCAGCGACCCACGAGAGGGACUCUCACACACACUACAUUGCCAUUCAAAGAAAUUCCAAGUACUAUCGCUCCAUGAGGCUGCCAAAAAGAUCAAAGAGAAAGACUGCAAGAGAGGCAACACAUGCAGGACGUGCUGCAGGUUCACUCAAAAACAAUGAGUCUGUCAAAGAGCCCCUGAACGUUUUACCUCCUAAGGGAUCACCAGCUCCAGUAGACUCUAACAAGACAACUUUAGAAGAACUAUUGAUUCAAAGGCUGCUGCCUUCCUACCCCCGUUACCGUGGCAACCUCCCGGGCUCCCCCAGCCCCGCGCCGCCGCCGCUACCGCCGGAGCUGCUCGGCAGCCGCCUGCCGCCGCCGGCCAUGGAACUGCUGGCCGCGGCGCUCAGCGCCGCCUGCGCCCUCGACCAGGACGGCUCUGCGGGACAGCCCGGCAGGAAUCCCCCCGCGGCCGCCGAGGACAGCCCCAUCGCCGCCGAGGCGUCGCCGCCCGCCCACCCCAUGACGGCCGACUCGUGGAGGAACCUCAUCGAGCACAUUGGGCUCUUGUAUCAGGAAUAUCGAGAUAAAUCUACGCGCCAGGAGAUCGAAACCAGGAGGCUGCAGGAUUCACAGACAGACCCUGAGGAGAGUUCACCCAGUGAGGAAACCCCACCUGAGACAGAGCCUGCAAGUACCCCCGAGAGCAAAGCUGCACCACAGUUCAAUUUGCUGAGGAGCUCCAACUCCAGGUUCAACUUAUGGCAGGACCUGCCGGAGAUACGGAGCAGCGGGAUCCUCAGCAUCCUCCAGCCGGAUGAGAUCAAGCUGCAGGAGGCAAUGUUUGAGCUGGUUACUUCCGAAGCCUCGUACUGCAAGAGUCUGAAUCUGCUGGUGUCUCAUUUCAUGGAGAAUGAGCGUCUAAAAAAGAUCUUACAUCAGUCUGAGGCACACAUCCUCUUCUCCAACGUCCUGGAUGUCAAGGCUGUUAGUGAGCGCUUCCUGCUGGACCUGGAGCGACGGGUUGAGGAGAAUAUUGUGAUCUCGGAUGUGUGCGAUAUUGUGUACCAGCAUACAGUUGAUCACUUCUCUGUGUACAUCACCUAUGUCUCCAACCAGACCUACCAGGAGAGAACUUACAAGCAGCUUCUCCAGGACAAGCCAGCCUUCCGGGAGGUGAUCACACAGCUGGAGCUGGAUCCCAUGUGCAGAGGCUUAUCCUUUUCUUCCUUCCUGAUUCUGCCAUUUCAAAGGAUCACUCGGCUCAAGCUUCUGGUGCAGAAUAUUUUGAAGAAAGUGGAAGAGAAGUCGGAGAGGGAAACCACUGCUCUGGAAGCACAUAAGGAGCUGGAAACAGUGGUGAAAGCAUGCAAUGAAGGAGUCAGGAAGAUGAGCCGAACAGAGCAGAUGAUCAGCAUCCAGAAGAAACUGGAAUUUAAGAUCAAGUCUGUGCCCAUCAUCUCUCACUCCCGCUGGCUGCUGAAGCAGGGGGAACUGCAGCAAAUGAACGGCCCAAAGACAUCGCGGACGCUGCGCACCAAGAAACUCUUCAGAGAAAUCUACCUGUUCCUUUUCAACGAUCUGCUGGUCAUCUGCCGGCAAAUUCCGGGAGACAAGUACCAAGUGUUUGACUCAGCGCCCCGGGGGCUUCUUCGGGUGGAGGAGUUAGAAGACCAGGGGCAGAGUUUGGCCAAUGUCUUCAUCUUGAGGCUGCUGGAGAAUGCUGAUGACCGGGAGGCCAGUUACAUGCUGAAGGCAUCGUCGCAGAGCGAGAUGAAGCGUUGGAUGAUUUCACUGGCCCCAAACCGGCGAACCAAGUUUGUUUCAUUUACAUCUAGACUUUCUGAUUGCCCGCAGAUCCAGUGUGUCCACCCCUACGUGGCCCAGCAGCCGGAUGAGCUGUCCUUGGAGCUGGCUGACGUCCUCAACAUCCUGGACAAGACAGAUGAUGGCUGGAUAUUUGGGGAGCGGCUUCACGACCAGGAGAGGGGCUGGUUCCCCAGUUCUAUCGGGGAGGAGAUCCUGAACCCCAAAAUCCGAGCCCAGAACUUGAAGGAAUGUUUCCGGGUGCACAAGUCAGAUGACAGCCAGCGGAGGAAACUGGGCAGCAGGAGCCGCCAAUGACUGCUGGCAUCCCCGAGCGUGGGGAGCAGCCUGGGAGAGGAGCAGAGGACAGAGGCUGCCAGCUGGGGGGACACGGUGGCGGUGCUGGGGGCCGUGGCACGGGACCUGGUGUGCCACACCAAGCAUGUCCACCCUUGAACGCAUGGACCUCAGUUCCCAGGCGGCCUGCUGUGCUUUCUACAGUGCUGAGCCCUCCUUGGAAAGCAGUGCUUCGAGCUGGCUGAAAUCACCCCUUUCCAAAGAACGUGAGCCCAAACUGGCACCACACGAAGGCCCUGGGUGCCAACCAAGGGAACCUGGGGCAGCAAAUGGAACCCAGCAAUUAGCAUCGUCCACUCACACCUCAUUGCUACCAUUUGAGUUCGGGGCUCUCUUAAAGCCGCACCUCAUAGGGAUGGGAAUUCCGGUGGAGGAAUCGUCUCACAUCCCUUCACACAGCCCACUGGCACCAGGCCCAGGAGAAGCCCCCAGGACUCCAUUUCCCCAAUGAAGUUGAUGAAUGCAUCUCCUGGGUAGACCCUCGACCUGCUCCCCAACGCUCUGAUGUGCUCUGAACACAGCCCUGCUCCACCAGCAGCCCCACCUCAGAGGCCCCAACCUCCGUUCCUGCUCACCUGAAGGCCUCAAAGUGCAUCUGGGUCCUGCCCCAUGGCUCAUCCCCUCCCUCAGCUGCUGCAGAGGCAUGGCACCAUGGCUUUCCCAGGCUGAUCCGGUGCUUUUGGGAAGACAGGCUGCGCAUGGUCUCUGCUGCGCCCACUGCAGCGUGCUGCAGGGCUCCAGGAGUGCCAGCAGGCAAGCAGCGUGCAGUGAAUGACGGCACCUCGGGAGCUGCUGUGCUGCACGGUAGAAGGCUCAGCAACACGCCUGCAUGCUUGUAACCCACACCUCCAGCUGCGUGCAGCCUCCCUGUACAGUUCAUGUAAAUACGCAGUCCUCUGUCGCAAGCAGAGCCAGACCAUCACUUGCUCCAGUUGUGGCACUGAGCAUCGCAUGAAGCCCAGGGCACAGCGCCCCAAACAGCCCCACAUGUGACCACAGCAGAGAGCACUGGGCGUACAGCAUGGGCUGUGCUGCUCCUGAGCUGCAGCCACCACCCGUUAUGGAAUCAGGAUUAUUGGGCAUUUCUGUAACGCAGCAAGGAGUCUUCCAGGCACUGCCGUGUGCUGCAGUGGUGUGCAGGCUGUAUUCCAGAAGGGGACACAUCAGUGUGGGGUCCUGGUUAUGCGAGAGUUGUGCAGUGAGCCCAGGAUGCAGCUGGGGGAAGCUGCAGCAACAAAAGGAGCACAGAAGGGGGUCCGCCCUUGGGCCAGCUCCAUGCCACCACGCACACAGGGCCCCAGGGAGGGCUGGGACAGGUUUGCAGCCUCCAGCUUGAUGCAGUGGGCUCACCUGAUGGGGAUGCCCCAAGUCAGGCCCCCAGAAGAGCACACCACAGGCACUGUCUGAGCACAAUCAGACCUCUGGGUCCGGGUUCAGACCUGGCAGCAGCUGCAAAAUCUCCCACGCAAACCCCAGAGGAGCUCCAGCCUCAGGCAGCCCUCUGAGUUACCCACUGAACUGAGUACAUCACAGCCCAUCCAGUUUAGCAGAGCCACAGCCAGCACAGCCCUGUACUGAAGCCCCACAGGGGCUGUUUAGCAGUACAGAAGUGCUCCCUCACCCACCAGAAGCAGCUGUUCACCAGUGGAGGGGCCCAGAUUCCCCACUAUCAGGAUACCAGCACCUGGCUGAGUUGCCUGUGGGAAGGAGAGGGGCCCAUGGCUGCCCACGCGCUGUCCCCUCACACCCUGGACUCGCUCCAGCUCUGUUGUGACUUCUGAUGACUUCAAACCUUAAGCACAGGCUGUGCCAUUUCCAGGCACCAAGUGGCAUCCAGUGUUAUUUCCUCAGACCCGGCCAUGCACGCCUUUUCAUGGGUGUGCAGCUGCAGCUCCCACAGCCUCUGCCAGGCUGCUGCAGGGCACUGAGGGGAACUUCUCGUCGUCUCGUUUUCUGUGUGAUGAAAUACAGCUGAGUGAGCCAGCGCCACA